UCUAUUUGAGCAGUCGUCGUGCACUCGUGCUUCCACAGUUCCGCUAGAGGAAAAAAGCCUAUAGAAGUUAGAAGUAGAAGAAUGCCGAGGGUGACACCGAUUUUGCGCAAAGCUCGUAAAGCUCUUCAAGAUUCGGAUUUGGUUAAGGCCUUGCAGACUGAGAUCACACACGAGCUCUCCUCCACUCCCUUUCAGGAUGACCAAAGUCACUCUCCGGGGGAUUUUGUGGUGGAAUGGGACUCACCACAGUCCCAAGAUGUGGUUUUACGAAGAAAUUGUGAGUCGGGGGAGGAGGUUGCAGUCUCAGCGGUGCUUGGUCCAGUGACUUAUGGAAAAGAGGGAGUGUUUCCGAGGGAUGUUUUGAUGAAAGUAUGUUUGAAAAAGCCUGGCCUGAGCUCAAUGUUGCAGUUUGAUUGUGGUGUUUUUGAGGGAGGUAAUGAAGGGUCUCAGUUUGACAUCCAUAAUGCCUAUUAUAUCCAAUCACCUACUUGUGUGAGCCCUUCAGACUACAGAGGCCCCUUAUUCAGCUCUUUAGACCCUCAAUUACAAGAUGCACUCAAGGAGUACCUAGUUGCAAGGGGAAUAGGAGAAAGCCUGACCAAUUUCCUCCUCCACCACCUACAUAAAAAGGAGCAAGGUCAAUAUGUGAACUGGUUAAAAAUACUUGAAUCAUCAGUGGCAAAAAUUCACUAGCUUGGCCUUAAGUGCUGGGUCCAAACUUCUGCCCCUCUAUGGAUUUCUUUAAUAGGAAAGUUUGCAGUAAAAGGCAGGUGUAUCAACAACAAAAUACCAUAAAUCCCUGCAGCCCUUCAAUUAUAGUGUGAAGAUACGUCGGCCUCCAAAAGAACUUCAUUGAAUCAAAAUUUGAUUAAAGGAAAAAGGAAUGCCUCUAUUCAAUGUUGCUGGAUUUUUAAGGCAAUACAGAAUCUAAUUACUAAUAGAAUAUCAGACAAAACCUUGGUUGCUGCA